ACUCUCGUCAUGUCCAUGCACCGGGACGGGGAUAUAUAGCCCCCCCUCCAGCACCAGCAUCCUCUCCCGCCAGCCAGCAGCAAUGAAUCCUACCACUCUACUGCUACUUGCGGCACCAGCCCUGGGCUGGGUCGUCCCGGACGACGCCAUGGCUCAGCGCAUCUCACUCUCCUUCCAGUCCCCGGCUCAGCUCGAUAUCCAGCAGAUUUUUAACGCUUUCACGGAGCGCCUCGAGAGCAGGCUUGACGAGCUUGAGGGCACGACGCUGCUUACUGCCUUCGCAAGGAAGGAUUCGGACGACGUUAAGGUGUUGGAUAAGCAGAGUGGAGAGCGGGAUGAUGUCGGCGUGAUCGAUCAGGUUUACGAAAAGUAUCUGGAUCAGAAGGAUGAAGCGUGGGAGGUAGGUGAUGAUCUGGAGUAUCGCGGUGUCGAGGAGUGGGUGAAGUAUUUUGGAAUGGAUACGGAGGAUGGAGAGAUGCUGGAGGUGGAGCACCAUAAGAAGAAGGACCACGAUCAUGAAGGCAAGCAUCACGGUGGGAAGGACCACGAUCACGACGGCAAGCACCAUGGUAGGAAGGACCACGACCACGACGGCAAGCAUCACGGUGGAAAGGACCAUGAUCACGAUGGCAAGCAUCACGGUGGAAAGGACCAUGAUCAUGAAGGCAAAAACCACCACGGUGACGACCAUAAAGGCAAACACGGCGACGACCACAAGGGCAAGCACGGCGACGACCACAAAGGCAAACACGGCCACGACGGGGACCACGAGCACUCACCCCACGACGAAGACCCGCCCUACUCGGGGCCACCCAAGCACCGUCCCCACAUGCCUCCGCGAGACCACACCGGGCCACACACUAACAGCACACUGUGGGACCUAAUCUCGAGCUCCAAGCACACGACGCGGUUCGCGUCACUGCUGAAGAAAGACUCGUCUUUGCAGUCUUUGCUCUCCUCGAAAUCCAGCAACAUCACCGUCUUCGCACCGAGCAACCACGCCAUCUCCACACUCGAAAAGCACCUCAAGAAGGGCCACGGGGACAAGGACGUUCCACCAGACGUCCUCCACCGCGUGCUAUCGUACCAUAUCGCGAAUGGCACGCAUCGCUCGCAGGAUCUGCGCUACCAUAACACACUCAUCACUCGCCUCCCAGAUGCGGACCUGGGUGAGGGCAUGGACCAGCGCGUCAGGAUCGGGCUGAACCAUAAAGGCCCGUCGCUGAACUUUUACAGCCAGUUCACCAUGUUCGACAUCUUCGCACAGAACGGCGUCGUGCACGGCAUCGACGCGGUACUCCUUCCGCCGCCGGACAUCAGCACUCUGAUCUCCUUGUUGCCGACGGCCUUCAGCACGAGCGAAGCGGCUUUGUCGCGAACCGGUCUACUCGACACACUCCCCAAGCUCUCCGGCUCAGGGCUGACCGUGUUCCUCCCGUCAAACUGCGCAUGGUCCAAGUUGGGCUACAAGCUGAACGGCUUCCUGUUCUCGCGGUGCGGCGAGAAGUAUCUGCGCGCGAUAAUGAAGUACCACAUCGUCGUGGGCCGCACGCUCUACUCUGACGCGCUGGAUGUCCCACAGAAUCAGAGGGCAAGUAAUGAACUCGAUGAUCCCGCCGGUCUGUUGCAUGGCUAUGUUCAUGUAGACCUCCCGACGCUGCUAAAGGAUAGACACCUGAGUGUCGAUAUUACGAGACUGGAGAGGUUCCUGAGUUUUAGGGUUAAUGGGUUGAACUCGAUUGUCGUAUCCGAUGGCCUCGCGAAAUCCGGCGUCAUCCAGGUGCCGGACCACGUCUUGAUCCCGCCGCAUAGUCUUGGUGAGCACCGGGAUCCGCCGGAGGAGGUGGAGGCGGAGGAAGAUGAAGAGGAGGAGGACGAGGAGGCGGAGGAGGGAACGUACUCGAUCUCGCAACUGAAGAGGAUCCUGGCGCCGUACGUCGAGAAUGAGCAGGAGCAGGAGUGGGAGCAGGAGCAGGAGCAGCAGCAAGAGAGCAGCAAGAUGCUGUGGGGCGCGGAGCGGGAGUGGGAGGGCUUGUAAGCUUGUGGGCUUGUGGGCUUGUGGGCUUGUGGGCUUGUGGGCUUGUGGGCUUGUG